GCUUUACUUAAACAACUACACUACCGACAGCGUCAUAGAAAAAGACAAGCGUCGUUCUUUCCGGCAUUUGUAGGUGUAUUUAUUUACUUGUGAAUUGUAUACGUUUAUGAUCGUAAAGUUGUAUACGCUAUCAAAAAGGGUAGCUUUUGUUUAACGUCUGAUACCUUAAUUCUAGCAAUUUCCGCGAGUGUUUAAAAUGAGCACGCAUGCGGACAUAGAAGCUCAAAUUCGUGAAAUACAACAGCGGAAAAAAGAAGAAAAACUAAAUGAUGGUGACGAUGUAGGGCUUGGGGCAUCUGGCUUUUUUGAUCAAGACAUUUAUAAUGGUGGUGGUAAAUAUGAAGGAUAUGUUACUUCAAUUGCGCCUAAUGAUGAAUAUGAUGAUGAAGAUAUUGAUGAUCAACACUUUAGAAAUAAAAAGCCUAUGGCUGUACAAGCGGCCGCUCUAAAAGAUAUAGCACAGUCUAGAGAUGAAGAAGAUGACUAUGAUCCAUUUGCUGAAAGAAAACGUUUACAAAAAGGUACUACAGACAAAGAUGAUGACACACGACAAGUUAGAAGACCUAUGGUUAUUUCACCUGAACGUAUUGAUCCUUUUGCUGAAGGUGGUAAAACGCCUGAUGUGGGUUCAAGAACAUAUUCACAGAUCAUGCAAGAACAAAAACUUAAAGGUGAAGAAAUUGAUGUUCGUAAAACAAUCAUUGAAAAAGCUAAAGAAGGAACAUUAAAGACAACCAAUGGUGAUUCAAAAGGAACUGUUAGGAAGAGAGGACGUUGGGAUCAAAUUGUUCAAAAUGGAGAUUCAUCUGGCGUACCAAAUAAAAAAAAAACAAGUUCUGCUCCAUGGGAAGAAACUCCUAAAGGAGGAUUAUCUCGUUGGGAUGAAACACCUGGAGCAGCAAAAAUGGGAGCAGAGACCCCAGGUGCUACUCCAGGACAAAGUACAAGAAUGUGGGAUGCAACACCAGGUCAUACAACUCCUGCUGCUGGAGCUGCAACACCUGGCCGUGAUACUCCUGGUCAUAUAGGAGCUGCACAAACAUCAGUUAGAAGAAACCGUUGGGAUGAAACACCGAAAACAGAAAGAGCUACACCUGGGCAUAACAGUGGUUGGGCUGAAACUCCCCGUACUGACCGUGGUGGUGUUGAUCUAAUACAAGAUACUCCUACACCAUCUGCUAGCAAAAGACGUUCUCGCUGGGAUGAAACUCCAUCACAAAUGACUCCGUCUGUUACACCAGGAGGAAUAACCCCUAAAGUUAUGUCAUCAAAUGCAUCAAUGACUCCUACUCCUGGAGGUAUGACACCAGGUGCUACACCUAUGACUCCAAUGGUACCUCGUACACCUGUGCUCUCAAAUAGUGCAGCAACUCCUAUGGGACACAGUGCUAUGGCUAUGGCAACACCAACUCCAGGUCACUUAUUGUCUAUGACACCUGAACAACUUCAGGCACAUCGUUGGGAACGUGAAAUUGAUGAACGCAACCGUCCAUUAACAGAUGAUGAACUUGAUGUUAUGUUUCCUCCUGGAUACAAAGUAUUACAACCUCCAGCUGGAUAUAUACCAAUUCGAACUCCAGCUCGUAAACUUACUGCUACGCCUACACCUAUUGCUGGUACUCCUGCUGGAUUUUUUAUGCAAGAAUCUGUUGAUCGUCCAAUAAAAUCUCAAAUAGUCGACAAUCAACCACCUGGUAACUUACCAAUGUUAAAACCAGAAGAUGCUCAGUACUUUGAUAAAUUAUUAAUGGAUGUCGAUGAAGAAAGUUUAACAUUAGAAGAACAAAAAGAGAGAAAAAUUAUGAAACUGCUUCUUAAAAUUAAAAAUGGUACACCUCCAAUGAGAAAAGCUGCUCUUAGACAAGUUACUGACAAAGCUAGAGAGUUGGGGGCAGGUCCUCUUUUUAAUCAAAUUUUACCAUUACUUAUGUCCCCGACUUUAGAAGAUCAAGAACGGCAUCUCUUGGUAAAAGUUAUUGAUAGAAUAUUGUACAAGUUGGAUGAUUUAGUUAGACCAUAUGUACACAAAAUUUUAGUAGUUAUAGAACCACUAUUGAUUGAUGAAGAUUAUUAUGCACGUGUAGAAGGUCGAGAAAUUAUUUCCAACUUAGCCAAAGCUGCAGGCUUAGCUACUAUGAUUUCAACAAUGAGACCUGAUAUCGACAAUAUUGAUGAAUAUGUGCGUAAUACAACAGCUCGAGCAUUUGCGGUAGUAGCUUCAGCAUUGGGUAUUCCUUCACUCUUACCAUUCUUAAAAGCUGUGUGUAAAAGUAAAAAAUCUUGGCAAGCACGUCAUACAGGCAUAAAAAUUGUUCAACAAAUUGCAAUCUUGAUGGGAUGUGCUAUUCUUCCUCAUUUACGUUCUUUGGUUGAAAUUAUUGAACAUGGUUUAGUGGAUGAACAACAAAAAGUACGAACAAUUACAGCGUUAGCUAUAGCCGCUUUAGCUGAAGCUGCCACUCCUUAUGGUAUUGAAAGUUUUGAUUCUGUUCUAAAACCAUUAUGGAAGGGUAUAAGAACUCAUAGAGGAAAAGGGUUAGCUGCUUUUUUAAAGGCUAUUGGUUAUUUGAUUCCAUUGAUGGAUGCUGAAUAUGCUAAUUAUUACACAAGAGAAGUAAUGUUAAUUUUAAUUAGAGAGUUUCAGUCACCCGAUGAAGAAAUGAAAAAAAUUGUUUUAAAAGUUGUUAAACAAUGUUGUGGAACUGAUGGUGUUGAACCACAAUAUAUUCGUGAAGAUAUAUUACCUCAUUUUUUUAGACACUUCUGGAAUCAUAGAAUGGCUUUAGACAGGCGAAAUUAUAGACAGUUAGUUGAUACUACUAUGGAAAUUGCUAACAAAGUUGGAGCCUCAGAAAUUAUUAACCGCAUUGUUGAUGACUUAAAAGAUGAAAAUGAACAGUAUCGUAAAAUGGUAAUGGAAACUAUUGAAAAAACUAUUGGUAACUUAGGUGCUGCUGAUAUUGACUCUAGACUUGAAGAACAACUUAUUGAUGGUAUUCUUUAUGCUUUCCAAGAACAAACAAAUGAAGAUGUUGUUAUGUUGAACGGAUUUGGGAUGAUAGUUAAUCAGUUAGGUCGAAGAGUUAAACCAUACUUACCCCAAAUUUGUGGUACAAUAUUAUGGAGAUUAAAUAAUAAAUCGGCAAAAAUUAGACAACAAGCUGCAGAUUUAAUUGCUCGAAUAGCAUGCAUUAUGAAAAUUUGUCAAGAAGAAAAACUAAUGGGACAUUUAGGUUUGGUUUUGUAUGAAUAUUUGGGUGAAGAAUAUCCAGAAGUGUUAGGAAGUAUAUUGGGUGCUUUGAAAGGUAUUGUAAAUGUGAUUGGAAUGACCAGAAUGACACCACCUAUCAAAGAUUUGUUACCUCGAUUAACACCAAUUUUGAAAAAUAGACAUGAGAAAGUUCAAGAAAAUUGCAUUGAUCUUGUUGGUCGAAUAGCUGAUAGAGGUCCUGAGUAUGUGCCUGCUAGAGAAUGGAUGCGUAUAUGUUUUGAAUUACUUGAGCUACUGAAAGCUCAUAAAAAAGCAAUUAGGAGAGCAACUGUUAAUACUUUUGGUUAUAUUGCUAAAGCUAUUGGACCUCAUGAUGUAUUAGCUACCCUAUUAAACAAUUUAAAAGUUCAAGAAAGACAAAAUCGAGUUUGUACUACUGUGGCUAUUGCUAUUGUAGCUGAAACGUGUUCUCCUUUUACUGUGUUACCAGCAUUAAUGAAUGAAUAUCGUGUACCUGAACUGAAUGUUCAAAAUGGUGUACUUAAAUCAUUAUCCUUCUUAUUUCAAUACAUUGGUGAGAUGGGCAAAGAUUACAUUUAUGCUGUAACUCCACUUUUAGAAGAUGCUCUUAUGGAUAGAGACUUAGUACAUAGACAAACGGCAUGUGCAGCUAUUAAACAUAUGGCACUUGGAGUUUUUGGCUUUGGUUGUGAAGAUGCCUUAAUACAUUUAUUAAAUUAUGUAUGGCCAAAUAUUUUUGAAACAUCCCCACAUUUGGUUCAAGCUUUUAUGGAAGCGGUAGAAGGUUUAAGAGUUGCUUUAGGUCCUAUCAAGAUACUCCAAUAUACUCUUCAAGGGUUAUUUCAUCCUGCCCGAAAAGUACGUGAUGUUUAUUGGAAAAUAUACAACUCUCUUUAUAUCAGUGCUCAAGAUGCUUUAGUUGCUGGUUAUCCCCACAUAGAAAAUGAUGUCAAAAAUCAAUAUGUCCGCUAUGAAUUAAUGUACACUUUUUAAUACUUUUUAAGAGCAAUUAUUUUUUGUAAAUACCUAUUUAACUUUUCAUUUAUUAAUGUGGUGUUUAAUAUUGUUUAAACUUACAAUAAAUACAUUUUAUAAAUAAAUAAUAAUGAAACUAUAAA